GCAUGCGCACUUGUAAACCAAACGUCAUAGUGACACAUGACGUUUUUGUUAUUGUUCUUUGCAAACUUUUAUAAUAUCGAAUAAUUCGAAAGAUAUUUGUGUUCGUUUUGCUGUGAGUUAUCAUUAUUACGUGUUUAACAUUUUUGCCGUUGAUGUAAAGUUGUCAAGGUAAACUGAAAAAAUUAAAACAUGCCUAUUUUGUAUAGUGUAAUAUCUCGGGGAAGCACAGUCCUAGUUCGAUAUGCCUCUUGUGCCGGAAAUUUUGCUGAAGUUACUGAACAAAUUAUUGGAAAAAUACCACCACAUGAUGAUAAGUUGACAUACUCACAUGGAAAUUAUUUGUUCCAUUAUGUUUGUGAAAAUCAAAUUAUUUACAUGUGUAUUACUGACGAUGAAUUUGAGAGAUCACGAGCGUUUUUAUUUCUCAAUGAAAUUAAAAGACGUUUCAGGUCUCAAUAUGGGGACUCCAUUCAUACCGCGAUCGCAUAUGCGAUGAAUUCUGAAUUUUCCAGAGUUCUAGCAAACGAAAUGAAACAUUAUUCUGAAUCCCACGACGUCGAUACAAUUUCAAGAGUUCAUGGAGAGUUAGAUGAACUUAAAAACAUUAUGGUAAAGAAUAUAGAUAAUGUGGCAAUGAGGGGAGAAAGGCUGGAACUUUUAGUAAAUAAAGCUGAAAAUUUGAAUAGUGGAUCCGUGACAUUCAGAAAGACAAGUCGCAAUCUGGCACGUUCCAUGUUCUGGAAAAAUAUUAAGCUUUAUGUUAUUAUUGGUGUGAUUAUUACUGUGAUUGUUUAUUUUAUUGUUUGCAUGGCUUGUGGAGGUCUUCUCUGGCAAGGCUGUAUCGCUAAGAAAUAAAAUUUUAAAGAUACUUUAUUUUAUUCAUUACUUAAAUAUUGUAUUGUCUUAUCUUUAUGUAUAUAAGAUUCCGCAAAAUUAGUGAUAAAGCCAUUCUUAUAUGUAGUUUAUCCUAGUUAAUUUAUAAUUUUGUAAUUAUUUUUAAAGUGUCGUUAAAUAAAACAGACAAAAAACA